AUGGCAGACACCUCACCGGCGACUCUGGAGGUCAGUUCCGCCGUUACGGAAGACGACCACGGAGCUCAGAUCGUGAUUGUGGCGAUACUCGGGCUUAUAGCGAGCGUAGGUGUGUUGGCCAACCGACUACUACUGCGAUGGCCUUGGAAGGAGCGGUUUGGUGUGGACGAUUUCGUCUGUGUGGCGGCGACGCUGGUGGCCACGGCACAGACGGGGACACUACUCAGUGCGGUGGCUUGGGGUCUCGGAGAAAGAUCGCGACUUCUAACACCACGAGAGUUGGAUGUUGUUGACAAGCUUGUGUACACGUCGAGUAUCCUCUUCGUGCUGGCUUUAUGCUUGAGUAAGCUUGCAGUGGGCUUUCUCUUCAAUCGUCUAUCAUCGCGAGCAGCUGCGAAAGCAAUUAUCCACGCCAUCGUCAUAUAUGGCGUUGCUGGCAUCUUGAUCGUUGCUGUCGAUCGAAACAUGGCCGAACCUUGGAAAAUUGGGAGCACAUCGCGCGACUCUUUUCUCGCAAGAUGGGCUACAGUGGAGGCACUGGGCAUGGUGCUAGAUGUGGUCAUGAUCGUAUACCCAGCUGUUUUGGUGCGCGGCCUGAAGAUGAGCCGGAGCACAAAGAUCGCAGUCUUCCUCGGAUUCGCCUCGCGCUUUCCAGUUCUCGUCUUCGCCGGCCUACGAAUCGCCUACAUCGGCAACAUGGACUUCGACGAUUUAUCGUUCUCUUGUGUCGUGACAAUCAUACUUGGACUAUCGGAGAUGCACUGCAAUGUUGUUGCGGCAACUAUCCCUUGUCUCCGAAUCUUCCUGAAGGGCUGGAAUACGAGCUUCAUGAAUACAACCUUAAAAGAGAUGGAUCCGGAGGCAUAUACCAGACACUCAUCCGUGGCGUCUCCAAGAAGCUGGCGCACUCUGCGCAAGUCGAAAGCAUCAAGCUCUUCGCAGAGCAAAAGACGCCAGAGCUCCUACGGAGGAGUAUGGGACGGAGCUACGAGCCGAAUAGAAUCGAACAUCUCGUCGGAACACAUCACUGGCAAUCGACAGAUCAGCGCUGGCUCCCGAUCUAUCACCGUGCAGCGUUCGAUAGAUGUCGACAUCAAGUGA